GUGUGUUUCUCAGCCUCCCUCAUGCUCAUGAUGCAACUGGUGUGGUUCCCGCGCAUGCGCCGAGGCUGUCACGACUCGGACGCCGCUGCGGCUGCUGCAGGUGGAAACAUGGCGAUGAAGGCGCUCAGAGGGAUGGUGAACGGGGCCAUGAGCGAGCUCUCCUCGGCCGUCAGCGGGAACAGACCGACGGCCGCCGCCCCGGCCUCCACCGCCGCCUCCCGGGAGCAUGUGAUGGCCGUGAGCCGGGACUAUAUCUCCCAACCCCGCCUCACCUAUAAAACAGUGUCUGGAGUCAACGGGCCGCUGGUGAUUCUGGACCAGGUGAAGUUCCCCAGGUACGCCGAGAUCGUCCACCUCACGCUGCCCGACGGCACCAAGAGGAGCGGACAGGUGCUGGAGGUCACCGGCUCCAAAGCUGUGGUGCAGGUGUUCGAGGGGACUGCAGGUAUCGAUGCAAAGAAGACCAGCUGUGAGUUCACAGGGGACAUCCUGCGGACACCUGUCUCUGAGGACAUGUUGGGUCGUGUGUUUAAUGGAUCUGGGAAACCCAUCGACAGAGGACCGGCAGUCCUGGCUGAAGACUUCCUGGACAUCAUGGGUCAACCCAUAAACCCUCAGUGUCGCAUUUACCCCGAGGAGAUGAUCCAGACCGGCAUCUCCGCCAUCGACGGCAUGAACAGCAUCGCCAGGGGCCAGAAGAUCCCCAUCUUCUCUGCUGCAGGGCUGCCACACAAUGAGAUCGCCGCUCAGAUCUGUCGGCAGGCCGGUCUGGUGAAGAAGUCCAAGGACGUGAUGGACUACAGCGAGGACAACUUCGCCAUAGUGUUCGCCGCCAUGGGGGUCAACAUGGAGACCGCCAGGUUCUUCAAGUCGGACUUCGAGGAGAACGGUUCCAUGGACAACGUGUGUUUGUUCCUCAACCUGGCCAACGACCCCACCAUCGAGCGAAUCAUCACGCCUCGUUUAGCUCUGACAUCAGCAGAGUAUCUGGCCUAUCAGUGUGAGAAGCACGUCCUCGUCAUCCUCACUGACAUGAGCUCCUAUGCAGAGGCUCUCCGAGAGGUGUCUGCAGCCAGGGAGGAGGUGCCGGGCCGACGAGGUUUCCCCGGAUACAUGUACACGGAUCUGGCCACCAUCUACGAGAGAGCGGGCAGAGUGGAGGGACGUAACGGCUCCAUCACCCAGAUCCCCAUCCUCACCAUGCCCAACGAUGACAUCACUCAUCCUAUUCCUGACCUGACCGGUUACAUCACUGAGGGACAGAUCUAUGUGGACAGACAACUUCACAACAGACAGAUUUAUCCUCCAAUCAACGUGCUGCCGUCGCUCUCCCGUCUGAUGAAAUCCGCCAUCGGGGAGGGGAUGACCCGCAGAGACCACUCUGAUGUUUCCAACCAGCUCUAUGCAUGUUACGCCAUAGGGAAGGACGUCCAGGCCAUGAAGGCGGUGGUGGGGGAGGAGGCUCUGACGGCUGAUGAUCUGCUCUACCUGGAGUUCCUCACCAAGUUUGAGAAAAACUUCAUCUCCCAAGGUGCUUAUGAAAACAGGAGUGUGUUUGAGACCCUGGACAUCGGAUGGCAGCUGAUGAGGAUCUUCCCCAAAGAGAUGCUGAAGAGGAUUCCUCAGAGCACCUUAGCCGAGUUUUACCCCCGAGAAGCCAAACACUAACCCGACCCGGCCCCCGGCCCCCCCGGCCCCCGGCCCCCGGCCCCCGGCCCCCGGCCCCCGGCCCCCGGCCCUCGCUGCUUCCAUCUGCUUCAGUGAGAACUGCCUUCAUACGGUGUAGUGUUGAUGCUGUAACCGUCCUGACGCUUGUGACUUUCAUGCGGCCUUGACAACAAACCAUUGGACAGGAGGAGGAACACACUCCGACACACAGAGGUUUAUGUUUACAGUGAGUGUAGAGGAAGAGAGCAGUACAGUAAUGUGUUAAUUAUCUGCGUGAGUGAUCAGAAGGACAUUUAGAUUUUUUUGCCACACCUAGAAUACGACACGAAGGACAGAAAGAAAAUCACAUAAAUCCCAGACUCUGGUUUUCAGACCUUAAUGUGUAAUAUCUAUAAAGAAAUCAUGAAUUACUAAUAAAGCCUCUGUAAUUUAACCGACAGGAGAAGCCACAGUAAAGACUAAACAUUCCCUCCUUUUCUUUCUUUCCCUCUCUGGAAGUUCAGCACAAAUCUCCCCGUAAAACAGCAGAUUGACAUUUUUACAGUUUGGUGUUUGCACGGUUGAAAUAAACAAGAUAUCCCGUGUUAGUCAGAGAUUGUCAGAGGAACUGGAUCAAUCUGAAAACAUCAAACUCUCAGCAACAAAACCAAUAAGAAGAUUUCCAAAGAUGUCAAAUCAUUUCUUUAAAGGUACCAGGAGUAACGUUUUUACACGUGAGUCCCUGUUGAUGUUGAAAUAAAAUCUCAAACAUUAGUUUUUACAAAUGUUUAAUAAUAUUUUUUAGAGCUCAAGGAUUCCCACAAUGAGUUUUGGUGGGAAACAAACUCUUUUUUGUUUAGAAGAGAAGAUGGAGUACACCUGUGCAUCACUGCAGCCAGGUGGCCUCCACGUUGCUCUUUAAUCUGCAUAUAUUUUGAUAUUUACAGAUUAUUGUAAUUCAGAUUUAAAAGCUUAAUUAUAACAGAAAUUAUAGAGAAUAUUCUUCUAACCAGUUCAGUAUUACCCCUCAGUUAUAAGCUAAAUUAAAUAAACUGUCGGGUUUACCUGUGUGAACACGGAGGAGGAGUCUCACCUGAGUGAAUGUGAAGGCGUCAUGUUUCGUUCACGCCGUACGAUUGUGACGCCCUGACAGACGGUCAUGUAACUGCCGUGAGGUACACGGAGUUGUUUGAUGCGUGUUUUACAUGAGAGGCGUGUCUGUGUCGGGAUAUUAAAGUGAGUAUUGGGCGUUUAAAUGAUGCGGAUGUGUGUGAGGUUUAAACAAGACGUCCUCUUGAUGUUGUCGUGGUUCCUCUGGAUGAUCGUUGUCGACUCUUUCUCUUUUAUUCCGUUGCCAAAAGCUUGAAGCGCUGAUUUCUUUGUGUUUCAUGUUUUCUGUGUUUGUGUAAUCUUUCAGUUCUCGACUGUCUGCUACUCAUCAGCCUUGAAAUAUCUAUGAAUUAUGUAUUUCUGUUUGAACAGUGUGUGCAUAUUGACUGGUUAUGAUCAUCAUGCAUGCGUUGUCAUUGAAUGUUUCCUGUUGGUGCCUCAAGUUAUCAAGUGAAAUAAAAGCUGCCGUCUCAUUA